AUGGCUGAGACCGUUGCGUACCGUCCACACCCUUCCCAUGCGUUCUCGGACAGCCGAAGAUCUGCGUCCUCCACUACGGGCUCCCACAAGUCAACCGUUUCCCAUGCGCCUUCGCACUACAAAGUCUCUUCGCAGAGCUCUUUACUCCCUCCUUCGCCUCGUGGGUCUUACCGGUCGUCGCAGAGGGUUUCUACGGUGCCAGAAGAUGGACCUUAUCGUCCCAAGAAGCGGCUCAAGUCACAAUAUCCCCUGCAUUCCAGCGAGCCUCAUGUCGAGUAUAUCUUGGUCGCGUCUUUCGAUAUCGACCGUGGGCCGAUAAUGGAACACCAGUUUCCUGGCGCAAUCAGCCCCGAUGAGAACAUGUUGGCAGAGCUGAUGUUGCCGGAUCAAACACAUGUCCGACAGCAGGACUGGACUAUGUUCUUCCUCCACAAAGACACUGGUGAGAGUGAGGAGGAUGUAGCCGAGAAAGACGCAAGGAGGCAACAAAGAGCAGCCAAAAGGCGUCUCCGAGAAGAGAUGGCUGCAGCGGGGGUUACCGAGGACUAUGACGACGAGUCCAGCAGUGACGAAAGCGAUACUGGCGGUAUAGACAACCCUCCUCUGAUGUAUGUUUUGAACCUGGUCAACACGAAGCAAGACAGCACCGUCAAACGAGGUGCUGUAGUCAAGGCCAUGGCUAUCUGCACGAGACAUUCAUUCCUGCACAUAUACAAGCCGCUCCUUUUGCUGGCUCUGGAGGACUAUUUCAAGUCACCAAUACCUGAUACGCUAGAGCUGUUAUACAAUGCCCUCAACGCGAUGGAUCUGUCCUUGAUGCCGCGACUGUCAGUCCUUGAACGGCAUAUCCUACAAGCAAGCGACACCAAAGAUAUGUUUGUGGAAAAGUUUGAACAGAUGAUCUCACAGCGACUCGCCGAUGAAGCUUUGGGCAAGGUCAAUGAGGCGCCGGAAUCUCCGACCAAAUUCGAACCCAAGUACACUGUUCCGCGCGAUACCCAUGAGUUCGAAUCGAAAAUAGUGUAUAAUGGCAUUCCAGUACCUGUCAAGAUCCCCACUGCAUUAUCUCCAGAGACAGUGGGAGAUUUCUCUUUAGUCAAGCUGGUGCAGAUCUUCGGAGGACCUCACCUCUCACAACCCCAACCUUUCGCGUUGCACCCUCAUCUCACGACCUCGGGUGCAUAUACUCACCCGAUCAUCGUACUAAUCAACGCCAUGUUGACUCAGAAACGGGUCAUCUUCCUCGGACAUAAUCGACCUUCUGGCGAGGUGGCAGAAGCGGUACUAGCGGCCUGUGCUCUCGCAUCAGGAGGUAUCCUUCGGGGCUUCACACGACAUGCAUUCCCCUACACGGAUCUCACAAAGAUUGAUGAGUUACUGAAGGUACCAGGCUUCAUAGCAGGAGUUACCAACCCUGCCUUUUCUUAUCAUCCUGAAUGGUGGGACCUACUGUGCGACCUUCCGUCAGGCAGAAUGAAGAUUUCAUCGUGUAUCGAAGCGGCUCCAGUGACUGAGGGCACCACAUAUUUCCAGCAGCACGGCCACGCAGUCCUCAGCCAAAAGGAUGCACUGCACGCUGAUGCCACUGGCGACAUCCAUUUUAUGGAAGACAUCACGCGAAGCAUCGCAUCCCGAGCGGGGGAAUCGAUUGUCCGGGCUAAAUUUCGUGCGUACAUUACCAAAUUCACUCGCAUCGCAGCCGCAUUCGAGGAGACCGUAUAUGGAGCGAGCAGUUUGAGCGCGCUUCCUCCAACCGAGGUUGAUAAGGUUGAGACACCUUCAUCUGCCACUGCCACCCCACGACGAAUGUCGCUCAGCACGUCCAGUCAGAACCUAAAGGGCCACGGCUAUGUGUGGUCUACUGAGGACGCAAAGACGCGAGAGCUUGCAGCUUCGGCGGCCAGAAUUGAAGGAUGGAGAAAUACACGUUCGUAUCACUCCUUUAUCCUUGACCUAGCAACUCAUUCGCAAGAUUCGAUGUCUCCGACCUCACCGGUCAGCAUGACCAACAUGCUCGCCAGAGAACCGGUCAAACCGUAUGUGGAUCUCUAUCAUUCGCUGUCCAAGCUACGGAUGCUACGCCUGACGCCGACAGAAGCCGGGGCGAUUUACCUUGCACUUGAGGCCUACUGUACGGACUAUGAGAGUAUUCUCGAACUGUUGGAAAAGGCUCCUAUGUCGGAAGCCGGACUUUUCUACGUUGGCCUCGGACUGUGGCACGAAGACCAACGAGUGAGGAUUGCGGUUGGGACACUUCUAGAUCGCAUCAGACAACACCCGGCUGGAAGAGUAUUCUUCAGUCGGCUUGGGGGCUGGGCCAACAUGGGCUUUACGAGGUGUCUACAGGAGAAAGAUGCUAAGAUGCGUCGCCAGCAACAUGAAGCGGAGGAAAUCAUAGCACCUCUCACGGUCGGUGGUGAUAGGCGACGUAGCUAA